AUGAAUUUCGAGGAUCUUUUCGAAGAGGUCAUUGAGUCGGAAGUGGAAUGCUCCCAAGGGUCCUCCGUCUGCACAGUUACAGAACAACGAAUUCAGAAGCGCCGCUUCAGUUUUAUUCUCGCUACCAACACGACUUCCGAAGUGGCCACAAUAGCUGAGGUCCCAUCGAGCAGUCACGCAGAGCUUAUCAAACGUCUGGACGGAAUCCAAGAGACCCAAAAGGGCAUGUUUUCACUUUUGGGUGGUGUGGACAACCGUCUAACUGCCAUUGAAAAGGCCCUUAAAGAAAAUAUGCCUGAGAAAGCUGAGGUUCAAGCGCAAAGCAAAAUAUUACGUGAAUGCAAAGUCAUCGCGGCGCGAACUCAGCUAUCGGUUAGCCGCAUCACAGGUGACAUAGAGGACGAGGAAUACGUAGAGCUCGCCUCCAUGCUUCCCAUGCCAUCAGAGGAGACAUUGCUAGCCGUAGAGACGAAACUCUGUACAAAGGCCAGUAGUGAUGCAUUGAUGCGGCUGUUAGUUAAGUCAAAAGGUGUAAAAGGCAGUGUAGACGGAGUUCUGCGUGCACUGCUGCACGAUAACUUGGUGGCCGACUACAUUUUGGAGGGACGCAAAGAAAAAAAUCGCUUCUAA